AUGGUUAAACAUGCUUUUGCAAAAUUUGCAACAGACUUUGAAAGGAUUUCUGGUUUAAAAUUUGUAAGUAAUGGGAACCAAUCACCAACCUUUCAAAUGCCUGAUUCUACUUCAAACACUACCCCUACAUCCAACAAAAGAAAAAGACAAAUCUAUGAUUCCGAAAUUUCUCCUGAUGAUAACAAUUAUUCAACAUCAAUACAAUCUAAACAAUACCAUAUUGGAGGUGAUGAUACUUUUUCUUUUGCAUUAAAUAUUGAUAAUGAUUUGAAUUCAAUAACAACUUUAACAUCACCAACACCCCUAGAACCUCAUCAAAUACAAUCAGAAAUAUCUCCUAUUAAUAGUAAUUCAACAUCACUCAAUUAUCAUCCUUUGAAUGUUAAACCUGUUCAUUUUACAUCUCCAAUAAUUCAAAAUAAUAACCUUCUUUCCAAGCAAUUAUUUAAUACAUCAUCAAUGACAACCUAUGAGUCAGUUAUGGAAAUAUUAUCAUUUAUUGUGGAAGCAAAGUUAAACAAAACUCAAUCACAAAGUUUUUUAAAUCUACUUCACAAGUUAUUACCUCCUUGUAAUCUUCCAAAUAAGAUUUAUGAUUUGAUGGAUAUGGUUACAGAUAUUGAGGAUAAGUACUUCAAAGUUUACUUUUGUGAAGAAUGUGAAUCAGUUUCAAAACAUUCUCAAACAAUUUGUAAAUGUGGUGAAAUAUUUGAUAUUAACAAAUUCUUUUAUAUGAUUGAUUUUGAUAAGGAAUUAUCUCUUAAAUUUAAUACACUUUCUUACUAUGAGGCAACCAAAUAUUAUUCUCAUGAAUAUUUGAGAAAGAAGAAAUCUCAUGAUAUUAUGCAAGAAAUUUAUGAUGGGUCUACGUAUCAAAAACAGAUAAGUGCUUUUACAAGAAUUCAUAAUAGUGAAGAAAUUAAUGUUUCCUAUAUUAUUAACAAUGAUGGUGUUGCUGCUCAUAAAUCUAGAACAAAUGAUGAAAAUUUCGAAAAUUAUGUGCAUGAAACUUUCGGAACAAAUUCAAAUAAGAAUAAUCAAUCUAUUGUGAAUAGAAAACCAGCAAUUAGUGUAUUCGAGGAUGAAAAUAUUGAAAAAUCUACCAUUGAGGAACAAUAUUUAUUUGGUGCUGAGGAUGAAGAACCAUCGAUGGAAACUAAUGUAAAUAGAAACUUUGAGAAAAGACCUUCUCAACAAUCCAACAAUCAAUUUUCUUCUCCUUUGAAAAAGAGAAAAUUAGCUUCACAACAAUUAAUUUCUAAUGCUGGUCAUACGGAAGUUGAGGAUGAGGAAGAAGAUUUGGCCAAUUGUUCACUUGUCAUUUCACCACCUCCUUUUGAUGAAGAGGAAACAUCCUCUGCUGCCAAUAACAUGCUCUUUGGAAAUGAUGAAGAAAAUGUGAGUGGACCAAUAUUGGAAGCAGGUCUCUACACUGGACGAUCCAGGGAUAGAAAGAGUAGAAUUAAAAGUAGUUACUAUGAGCCAGGAUCACCACUCAAUACUGGCCUUGAGAAUAAUCCUUCAAUGAUCAUUUCGAGUUCACCACUCUUGAAAUAUACAGUACCAUCGACGGAGAGUGCCAGCAACAACAACAUGCUAAAUGAUAGUAUUACCAAUAGAAGCUCUAUUCUCAAUGAGAGUCUCAGGGAGAGGGACGACAUUAUCGAUCAAUUGAAUAAUGAAGCUGAGGGAGAGAGAAGAAAACUCAAAGAAUACAAGCUUCUCAUCGAAAAACUUCAAUCAGAGAAUGCUCACCUCAAGCAACAAAACUCUUCAAUCAAAAAGAAGAAUGAGGAAAUACUGAUAGAAACAGAAAAGGAAAAUAACACUAGGGAACUUGAAAUUCAAUCUUUGAAAGAGAAAAUUGCCGAACAACAAACCACUAUUAACUUACAAAAUCUUUCCAAGACUCAAAAAGAAUCUAAAUUUACAAGAAAUUGA